AUGGCUCCUAGACUCACUGGUUUCUCAGGUAACUCACGACUUCGUCGAGUGAGAGCCGCCGCUGCUCUUGCUGGUGUAGAGCUUGAAUGGGAUUCAUCAUUCUCCAUGAAAUCAGAGUGGAAAACCGAAGAAUUCAUCGCCAAAAACCCAUUCGGUUUCCUCCCCACCCUUGAAUUAGAGGAUGGUACAGUUCUCAGAGAGUCUGGCGCUAUCGCCGAGUACGUCGCCGAGCUCGGUGCCAACUCCACCCUAGUCCCUUCCGAUGCCAAAGCCAAGGCUGAGGUCCACGAAUGGCAAUGCACCGCCGAUCAAGAACUCUUCAUCCCCGGAUCCCUUGCCAAUCGACAACUCAUGGGUGUCCUCCCUUACAACAAGCCCAACUUUGAUGGUAUCGUAAAGAAGGUCAACGAGCGACUUGCCGUCAUUGACUCCAUCCUCGUUAACAAGACAUUCCUUGUUGGCGAGCGAAUCACACUUGCCGAUAUUUUCACCGUUACUGCCCUUACCCAAAUCUUCUCAACUAUCAUCGACGCUGAGGCCAGAGUAAAGAUCCCCAACGUCAUCCGAUACUUUGAAACCCUCGUAAACCACCCUAAACUCCUCGACAUCUUCAACCCUACCAACCUCAUCGAGAAAGUCACCCCUCCCGCUGCUCCCGCCAAGGAGCAAAAGCCCAAAGCUGACAAGCCCAAGGAGGCCAAAGCUCCUAAGCCUAAGAAGGAGAAGGAGGUAGAUGAAGAAGAGGAAGAGCCCCUUGUACCCGCCGAACCUAAAGUAAAGAACCCCCUCGACGAUUUACCCAAAUCAGCAUUCAACCUCGAGGAAUGGAAGAGACAAUACUCUAACCUUGACACUCGAGGUGCCAAUGGAUCUCUCGAAUGGUUUUACGAGAAAUUCGACAGAGAAGGUUUCUCCAUCUGGAGAGUUGACUUCAAAUACAACGAGGAGUUGACUCAAGUAUUCAUGUCUUCCAACCAAGUCGGUGGUUUCUUCAACAGACUUGAAGCUUCCAGAAAAUACCUUUUCGGUUCAGUCGGUGUUCUCGGUAAAGCCAACGACUCCAUCAUCUCCGGUGCCGUCGUUCUCCGAGGUCAAGAUAUCGAACCCGUUAUCAACGUCGCUCCCGAUUGGGAAUCAUACUCUUACAAGAAACUUGACGUCUUCAACAACGAAGAUGACAAGAAAUUCUUCGAGGGCUCCAUGGCUUGGGACCUCAUCGUCGACGGUAAAGAGUGGGCUGACGGUAAGAACUUCAAGUAA